AUGGAUAUCCACCUCGAGAACCUCGAGAGAGAAGCCACCAUGCUCAACUGGGCGUUACCCGCCCUCCUCCUUCUCCUCGCCGGCGUCAUCUGGCGCGUCGUCACAGCAAAGCGGCUGCCGGCUGGUCUCACAACUGCGCCUUGGGCGCCAGGUGGGAUCCCUAUCCUCGGCCAUGCGCUGAGGUACAGGACCAACCCAGCGGCCUUCCUCUCCUCUUCGUGCGCCAGCGUUGGCCCCGUCUUCCGUCUGAAUCUGGCUGGAAAGCGCAUGGUGGUCGUCGGACCAGACAGCGCAGUCAUCAAGGAAGUCGCGACGGCAUCCGAGUCGAUCCUGUCGGCGCGGAGGGCGGUCGCGGAAAUUGGCUUCAACGAGACGCUGGGCAGCCUCAACGUCUAUUUUGGCACGGACCUCCACAAGCGCUGGAUCAAGGAGACGUACGGUGCGUGGUGGGCGCGUCAGCCGCACGACGCUCCCUCCGGCCUGCGCGACGAGAUCCGGCCGCUCUGGAGGUCGCUCGACAGGUCGCUCGAGCGUGAACGCGCCGCCUCCCUUCGCGCCGCCGACCUGUUCGGCCUAGCGCGCGCGACGGUGCUGCGCUGUCAGGUCGAGCGCCUGCUCGGCGCGCCUGUCCUCGAGGCGGCAGGCGACGCGGCCUUCAUCAGUGCAUUCAUGAGCUUCCAGGAUCGCAUCGAAGACGCGACCGCAAAGGCGGCGGUGCUGCCGCGCACCCUAUCGCUGCCUCUCGUCCUCUGGCCGGUGGCGCGCAUGCGGCGCAAGCUCACAAGGCGCCUCGCCGCGGCCAUCGCUUGCGCGGAGCGCGGGGCCGACCCUGCAACCCUCGGAUCGUGGCUGCGCGCCGCUGCGACGCUCCCGGGCGAGCUCGCGCGGCGGCCGAGUGCACAGGUGGCGGAGCUCGCGAUCGGGCUGCUGUUUGCGAGCCACAAGAACCCGUCGAUCGGGGCGGCGCAGACGUUGUGCGCAUUGCUCGAGCUCGGCGACACACACCCGACCGCAAGCAGGCUGGCCGCGUCGCCGGGCGCCGAGGCGCUGGCGGGCUGCCACACGAUCCAGCGCUGCGUGCUCGAGACGCUCCGGCUCUGCGCGCACGCCAUCGGGGCGGUGCGGACCGUCGUCGCGCCGGGCGGCUUCGUGCUCGCUGGUCGCUAUUGGGUGGCGCGCGGCGAGACCAUCGCUUUGGCACACGUGGCAGUGCACCGGUCGACCGAGGUGUGGGGCGCCGACGCCGACGCCUUCCGUCCGUCGCGGCCCGAGUAUGGCGAGGCGGGCGCGCCGGCAUCGCCGCCCAGCGAGUACGAGUACACCACCUUCAGCCAGGGGCUGCACACGUGUCCUGGCGAGCGGCUGGCGUUGCGCACGAUGGAGCUGCUCGUGGCGCACUUCCUCACAAAGGGCGCGGCGCUCGACGGCCCGUUGCCGCCCGUCUCGUUCGAGCGCGCGACGCUGGCGCAGCGCGAGCGGGUGGUGGCGAUCCGGUUUGCGAGGUGA